UUUUACGAACGGGGUGGCUCUUUCAAUACUUAGUGCCAGGGAAAGCCGGGUUCCUCUGCUGGAGUUUCACCCUGGGAGGAGCCUUUCAUGACCCCAGAUUUUGAGGUUAAACCCCAGUUUCUGGCAAGAUUGGGGCGCUUUCCCCGUGACACUGUGACCAGGAGGAUCCAUGGGAUCCAUCCCAUCCUAUCCCGACCCGUCCCGCUCAGCCCGGCAGGCUCUGCCCAGAUAAACACUGACUCAUGUUUUUCUGUCCCACCCUGGGCACAGCAGCUUUUUUAAGGCUGCCUUUUCCAGCUAUUCCCUUUUUCCUGCGCUGUUCACACGGACAGGGUGUGCAGGGAGGCAGGGAGAGGCUGGGAAUGCCGGAGGCUGCGGGGUGUGGGGGUCCCGGAUCCGUGAUGGAGAGCUGGGAUGUGUCUGAGUGGAUGCAGCUCAUGCCUUAGGCCGGUGUGGAGGGAGCUGCCGCUGUGCCCUGGGACACUGAACUGGCACCUGUCCCCCAUCCCGCCAGAGAGGAGAGAGCAGGGAAAAAUCACUGGCUGCAGAUCCCAGCAUCCCAAAUCCCUGGGGUCACAGGGAUUGGCUGCUGCUCACACGGACAAUGGCGCUUCCCAACCAGUCUGAUUACUCGGAUGGCCUCAAUAACUACAGCGACUACCUGGACUACACCUACGAGGACACGGGCGGCGUGUGGGCAGACCCAGCCCACGAUCCCAAGGACAUCACCAGGAUCCUGUCUGUCAUCAUCUACAGCGUGUCCUGCGUGCUGGGCAUCCUGGGCAACGGCCUGGUCAUCGCCAUCAUCACCCUCAAGAUGAAGAAGUCGGUCAAUGCCGUGUGGUUCCUCAACCUGGCCGUGGCCGACUUCCUCUUCAACAUCUUCCUGCCCAUCAACAUCGCCUACACGGCCAUGAGCUACCACUGGGUCUUUGGGACCGUCAUGUGCAAGCUGAACUCCUUCCUCCUCAUCCUCAACAUGUACACCAGCGUGCUGCUGCUCACCACCAUCAGCUUCGACCGCUACGUGUCCGUGGUGUUCCCGGUGUGGUCGCAGAACCAUCGCUCCACCAACCUGGCCUACGGCGUGUGCGUGAUCAUCUGGACCCUGGGCAUCGUCAUGAGCUGCCCCUCGCUCGUCUUCCGGGACACGGCGCAGACCCGCGGCUCCGUCAUCUGCUUCAGCAACUUCUCCCUGUCCAGGAACAGAUCCCACGAAGGGCUGGCUCUGGUGAGGCACCGCACAGUGAACGUCACCAGGUUCCUGGCUGGGUACAUCCUCCCCAUCACCAUCAUCACCUUCUGCUACGUCGCCAUCGUCUUCAACCUGCGCCGGAACCGCCUGGCCAAGUCCAAGAAGCCCUUCAAGAUCAUUGUCACCAUCAUUGUCACCUUCUUCCUCUGCUGGAGUCCCUACCACCUGCUGAACCUGCUGGAGACGGUGCCCAACGCUGUGCCCUGGUCCGUGUUUGAGAUCUUCAUCCCGCUCACCACGGCUCUGGCAGCCUCCAACAGCUGCAUGAACCCCGUCCUCUACGUCUUCAUGGGCCAGGACUUCAAGAAGUUCAAGGUGACCCUCCUUUCCAGGCUGGUGAAUGCCCUCAGUGAGGAGACAGGACACUCCAGCAUCGUGCACAGGAGCUUCUCCAAGAUCUCCUCCAUGACUGAGAAAGAGACAACAGUUGUGUAAGCUCUGCCUGCAGGAGGGACAGAGUGCCCUGCUGUUGGCACUGUGACAGUGGCCACCCCUGUGGUGGCCCUGGUGUGGGUCAAGCAUUGUCCAACAGUGUCCUACAGCCCAUUUUUGACUGCUGUUGCUGCCUGGGGGCUGCCAGGGCAUGGAGACCUGGAAGGUAUGGAGAGGACACAACCACCCUUGAUCUUAUGUGGGAUUGCAAAAAUCCUUGUGCCAAACUAAGGAAACAUUUUGGGACAUUCCCAUCCAACCUCUGCAUUGCCUGACUCAGGAAGGGCUUUCCUGCUGUUUCCAGAGUGGUGUUUCCUGGUGGGGUGCAGGAUAUCAGGAAGGCAGCUCCCGUGCCACAGGUGAUCCCUGUCAUGGCCAAACUGGUGACACUCCUCUGUCCCGUGUCUGUGUGUGGCUCCUCAUGGUAAAUUCCUGAGGUAUUUCGGUACCAGAACAAGGUGUUUGUGACUUUUUUGGGAAGUGUCCCUAUGAAGGGUUGGAAUAUCCCAUCACAGAGAACUGGGAAGUCUCAAAUGUCUUCUAAGUGAUCCAGACCCAGGGCCACCUUCCAGUGUGGACUCAUGCACAGGGUCACCAGCAUGGAAAACCGGGAGAAAAAAGAGGGAAAGGUCAAUUUGAAAUGUCUUUUUAAUGCUCCUUUUGAUGGGCAUGUCCCACACGGUACAUCCUGCAGAGAAGUGGAUAUUUGGGACCAGGAUCAGGCCCAUGAGCUCCUGGAGAGGACCUGCUGUCUCCUCCUGCAUCCAGGGGGGACUGGCUCUGUCACCAGCUGCUCCCUGGUGGGACCAGUCAGUUCUGUGGGAUGAUUUUGUCUCUCCCACCUUGGGAAUCUCGUGGGAGGCUCUGAUGUCACACAACAAUCUCUGCAGGGAAGGAUGGACCGAGCCACCACCUUCACCCAAUUUCACACCCCGUUAAUUUUGGAGCUCCCUCACCACAACUUCAGUGUCACCCUCAUUUAUGUGUCACUCCCAGCACAGUGAGGAAUCCCUGGAGCUGGGAUUGGGCAGCACCCAGAGGACCUGGGGACAUUUCAGGGGGUCUCUUUGCGAGCUUUGUGCAGAGCUUUGACACUUUGGCAGUGGAGAGUCUGCUCCCAGGUGCUCAAAAAAGCCGAAAUAUUUAUUUAUAGCUUUCCUUGGAAAUUAGAAAAUGGGAACUAAAAUGAAGAGGCAGCUCCCAGGAAAAGCUUUUUCCAGGCAGCAGAUUGUGCCAGGCACAGGUACAAGCAAAGCCCUGGUAACUGAGCCAUGGGAGCGUCGGGAUCAGAGAGGAUGCUGCAGUGGGAGCUGGGUUUCAGGAUUUCAGGAUUUCAGACGGAUUAUCCGGAGUCCUCUCCAUCCCACCUCGGUCUGCACCACCUCCUUUGUGUGAUGGGACACUCAGCACCUGGAUUGUCCCUGUUGGGAUCACUCACUUCCCUAGGGAACACUCCACCACACCACAUCCCAGGCCCAGGGCUACUCCCAGCCCUGACCCACAGGGAUUUUUGCCCCAAAGCCCACGCUGGAUCCAUAGCCAUGGAAGAUGCAGUGCCUGACAAGGCUGCAGGGCCUCUCUGCUGGUGGGAGGAGGCUCCUCUUGCUCAUUUUUAUUUAAUUAACACUGCUGGAAGGUUGCCGGGAUCCUAUUAGGAGUGGGAUAGGACAGAUGGGAUGGAUGGGACAGAUGGACAGACAGGGACACACAGAACUUGCAGAAGAUCUGUUCAGGGAACAAUGGGAAUGGGAUGUACCCAGAGCCAGCAGCCUCUGGGGCUUUUUGGGCUCCGGAUUUGGAGAAACCCUGAACAUGGGAACAGUGGGAAGAAGCCUCAAGGACUGGAUGCCAUCCCACUGCCCCUCAGGUUGGUGCUGGGAUGUUCCUAAUGGAUUCAGGAUGCUCCUCACCAAUUCUCCUCUCCAAGCCCAUCUGUUAUUACUCCAAACAGCUUAAAAAAAAAAAAAAAAAAAAAAAAAAGCAGUGCCUUGGUACUUAUCCUGGGGUUAAAUCAUCACUGUAAUGGCAGCUUGGGAAUCCCAAAUUUCCCAGAUGUUUCAGUCCAUCUUUGUAGCUGUUGCUUAUUUAAUAAAAUCUCUGUUUUUCAGACAAA